AUGGAAGUGGACAUUAAGAUUAAAGCAGUAUGGCGUCCGCUAUCCGCCGGUGACAUUGCCAGCCUCGUCCAAGUAGCUGAUAAGAUCCAUCCCGACCUCCCUGAAAGCGACGAAGUCUUCGCAGAACGCGCCAGGUUAUUCCCGCAAGGCUGCCAAGGUCUCUUUGACGAAACCGGUGGAAUUUGCGGAUAUAUGGUCUCGCAUCCCAUUCGCAAAUGCGAGCCCCCAGCUCUCAAUCAGCUUCUCGGCGAAAUCAGGCCGGAUGCGGAUCAGUACUACAUCCAUGACUUUGCUAUUCUGCCCGAAUUCCGUAGAUAUGGGCUCGCGCAUCAAUGUCUUCACGAGAGCUUGGAGAUUGUUGCUAAGGAAUAUGCAACUACUGGUCUUGUUUCCGUCUAUGGUACAGGAGACUUUUGGGGUCGAUAUGGUUUCAAGGCACCAGUAAUCGAUGAGGUAUUGGAGGGGAAGGUUCAAGGCUAUGGGGAUGGUGCGGUGUAUUUUGAACGCAAGAACGAGUCGUAG